AUGUCUUCAGGUUGGAAGAUUCCCCGCGGAUCAGAUGGCAUGCCUGAGAUGGUGGUGAAAAUCAUUGGAAGUAAACACUUUCGCUACCUUGUGGAGAAGCCAAAGAUAAACAAGAAUGACAAUGUGAAUGGAACUCAAACAAUGCUCCAGAAAUUAGUGACUGGUAAUUCAACACAGAUGAGCAGAGAGACCCAACCUCCCAUUAAUGCCAGUUUUCAGCAAAGAGACCAUAAUCCAGAUGAUAUGGGAAAGAACAAAAACUCAGAAAACAACCAAAAACCCACACGACCAGAGGCAUAUAACAGCAGAUUUCUGGAAGGCAAAGUAACAAGCAGAGCAAAUAUCCACUGUAGUUCUGUACCAACUGGAGACCAAUCCCUAUCCUACAUCCAUGGUCUCCCCAGAAGAAACCUUAGAGACUGGUCCUUGGAACAGAUGCUUAAGAAUGGCUCUGACCAACCUGAGGAUUUUAGCCAAAGACCAAGUAGAACAGCACAAGAAGACACUUUUCUUCUUUCCCUGAUCAGAAGAGAACUCAAGGCAUGCCCUUUGAGUGCCAACCUAUUAGACAAGAUUGAGAAUGAGCUGAAGAUCCUGGACCCUGUAUCUUCAGGUUAUCUUCUACAAUCUCAGCUAAGCCAUCUCUUCUUGAGAAAUGAAGUCCCUCUGAAGUUACCAACAAUCAAGAUACUAUGCCAAAGAUUUUCAAGGAGGAGUUCUCCUGAAAUGGUAAAUUAUGAAAAUCUCCUUUGGUUUUUAAAAGUUGCAACUUCAAAUGAACCACAGUCAAGUAGAACUGUUGUGGACAAUGACCUGAAGAAAUCCCAGAGUCCUAUCAACUAUAACCAAAGCUCUUCUCCUCAAGACCCUGAUUCACAGUCGGUAGUGAACAAAAGCUUGUUAGAGAUUUUGAAGAUGGCACUAAGGACAAACAAUGGCAAACUCAACAUAGACAGUCUCAAUUUGAGUUUUCGAAAGGAAGAUCGCUCCUUCUCAGGGUCCCUCCCUGCACCCAAGGUCAGAGUUAUAUGUGGAAAGCAUGGGCUAUAUUUGACUUUGAGCUUACUGGAAACAUUGCUUAGCCAUCAAGAUCUGAGUUACCAAAAUGAAAUAAAAUGGCAGAAGUUUGUUGAGUUGUUAAGCAAAGCUUCCUCUGAUAUAUCAUCUGACUUGCCCACAGGAAACAGUGGAAAGGAUGCUGCUGGCACCACAGUGAAGCCUGAAGCCCCUGAGAUGUCCCCAAGCAAAAAUGAGCAUAUGAACACUCCAGAAGAGGAGCUGCAGCCAGAAAGCCUUCCUGCAGAGACUUUGGUCCUGAAAGGUCCUCUGAGCUCCAUGAAGAUCAGGCCAGUGUCACAGCCUUUUGUGGAUCCUAUCAUAAAGAAUGAACCUGAAGAAUGUGAGAUGUGGAUAGACAGGUUCAGGAAGCUAGAAAAUGCCCUCUAUUUGUGUGAUCUCAGUAACACAGGAGUGCUGGAGAAGGAACGAGCCAAACGCCUCAUUCACAACUACAAUCUCAUUUACAACCUGUCCCUGAGCCCUCGGAAAAUUGACCAGGCCUUGCGGAGAUUUCGUUCGGGAGAAAAUAUGCUCUUGGAGCCAGCGCUGCGGUACUUAAAGGAGCUAUGA